AUGUUUGGCUUUUUAUUUUAUAAGCCUAUACGUAAUUUCUUUGGAUUCUUGUAUCCAACAUAUGCGUCAUUCAAAGCAAUUAAAACAAAUGAUGUUAAAACUAUAAAACUGUGGUUAAUGUAUUGGAUCAUAAUGGCAAUAUUUACAAUGUGGGAAGGAUUUUUCGAUAAUUUUAUAUUCUGGUUUCCAUUUUAUUAUGAAAUUAAAAUGUUUUUUAUAUUAUGGUUGAUUUUUCCUCGCUCGGAGGGAGCAACGUUCUUAUAUAAUAAAUUCGUUGAUCCAACAUUAACGAAUCACGAACAAGAGAUUGAUUCGGCUAUUGGAUUGGCACAAAAAGAGGCAACAAAUAAAAGUAUUGAAUUGAGUAGACAAGGGUUAAGCACAUUACAAAAAAUUGCUUAUGAUGCUCUAAUAAAAGGACAAAAUUUACUUGGUAAUCAAAUUAAUUUGGCAACAUAG